AUGGGUGUCAUGAAAAUGAUUCAUAAUAAGCAAAUAGGAUUUGUUGGGCUCCUGGAGACUAAGGUUAAGGCUUGUAAGUUGGGAGCCUUAUACCUUAAAAUGUUUCGAGGUUGGUGUUUGUCUCAUAAUCUGGCGCAUCAUUAUAAUGGGAGAAUUCUUAUUGCGUGGAAUCCUUUGAGUUUUGAGGUUGAUAUUAAAGGGAGUUCUAGUCAGUUUAUGCAUUGUGAGUUAAAACCGAAAGGUGGGGAUUGGUUUGCCUUAUCUGUAGUUUAUGUUGUCAAUGAUAGCAAAGGAAGGGAGCAUCUGUUGAAAGAUCUUGUUCACUUAGCGGUUGAAAUGCAUCUUCCUUGGAUAGUUGGAGGAGACUUUAAUGCAGUUUUGAGUGCUGAAGAUAGACUUGAUUACCGGGGUAAUACUAAAGAGAUGGUUCCUUUUCAACAAUGUGUAGCAGAUUGCGAUCUAGAAGACAUUAAAUUCAAUGGAAGUUUCUUCACUUGGAACAAUAAACAGGAAGGCAAAGAUAGGGUGUAUGCAAAAUUAGACAGAUUCUUAGCUAAUCGGCAGUGGAGGGACAAAUAUAGUACAGCUGAGGUAACAUUUCUCCCUGAAGGUGAGUUUGAUCACUCUCCUGGUCUUCUCACUAUUUAUCCUAAUAUGCAGAAUAUCAAAAAGCCUUUCAGGUAUUUUAACUUUUGGAAAUACUUGAAAGGUUUUACUGAUUUAGUGAAGAAGGCUUGGUUGGUUAAAAUAGAUGGUACUCCCAUGUUUUGCUUGGUUUCUCGGCUGAAGUAUCUCAAAACUGGGUUAAAAGAGUUGAAUAGACAAGGCAGAGGAAAUAAAGAGGUCCAAGAUCAUGAUAGCUAUCAAAAUAUGAUUAAGAUUCAACAGAGUUUGCAACAACAACCUGGCAAUGUUCAGCUGAUUGAGGAGGAGAGUAAGGCUCAGCGGUUGUAUAACGAGGCUCAUAGGAAUUAUCUGACUUAUCUUAGCCAAAAAGCCAAGAUUGAUUGGCUAAAAAGUGGAGAUGAGAAUACAAAAAUGUUUCACUCUAGCCUGAAAAAGAGAAGGCAGCAAAACACAAUUUAUUCUAUUCAAGAUCAGUUUGGUAGGUGGAUUGAUAAUCAGGAGGGGGUUGUUGCUGCUUUUCAAGACUUUUAUAAGUCUCUUUUGGGAAUUUCUAUUCCUAAUAGAACUAGAGUUCACAAGAGGUUGGUGCAGGAAGGGCCUUUGGUUUCUCAAUCUCAGGCAGAUUGGUUGGUGUGA